AUAUCUAACGCAUUGUAUAGAUAGUUAUAUCCUCAUACAUCUAAAAACUUAUUAGUAAAAGAAAUACAUUACUUAUAUAGCUGAUUUAUGGAUCGUAAUGCCAGAUGGACAAUAGAACAUUCAUCCGACAAACCUCGUCAAACUGGAAGCUAUCGAGUAAGAAAUGAAGAGAUCGUAAAGGAAACCAGAACUGUUAAGCGUGUUUACCAGCUACAGCCGUCGAAUAAGAGAAAUGCUACGAUUAUUCAGUUGUCGUACGUUGGAGAUGAUAUCUUCUACAUUCUCUUUCAGGGAAGAGACCAAUCCGAAAUAGUCAAAUAUAACUCAAGAAACUUAUCGAAAUCUAUACCAGUUUAUAGGGAACCAAGAUUAAUUUUUGGUUUUGCCAUCGAUCACCAACAACAAUAUAUUUAUUUAUCGAAUCGGUACGAGGGAGCCGUGCAAAUAUGGACAAUGAAGAAAAGACAUCAUAUGCCUAAUCUGGAAAUCAGAUUGAACCAAUUGGGCAGAUUCGUCUCUCAGCUAAAAUUAAUAAAUAACAGACUACUCUUAUGCCUUGAAACGGACGGCGCUCUUAUUUUAAGUAAACAAGACAGUAACGAAAAUGCGAGACCAGAUUGGAAAAUAGAAUGGAAUAGUAAAACCGAAGGUUCAAAGAUUAUUUCGGCCGAUCUCCUAAAUGAAGAAGUCAUAUUACUAUGUGAUGAAAAUAAACAAUCAGUAUUUAUGAUUAACUGGAGAGAUGAUUGUAUCUUAAGAAGGAUUAAUCAAUUAAUAGACCCGAUUGAAAUAAUCAGCUUUCCAGAUGACGAAACAUUCAUCGUCUGUAACGAAAGUUAUAGACUAGAUAUGUACGAUAAGAAUGGAAAUUACAUGAAAAAUUUACUAAUCCCUCUACCAUACGCACCCCAUAGAAUUGCUUUUAAUAAUGACGGAAAUCAGCUAAUAUUCAUUUAUGGAAAAACUAAUAAAAUGUUAGGAAUUUUCUAAUAAUCUACCAUUUUGUUUAUUAUUGUUUCUCCUCUCUCUCUCUCUUUAUUUUUGUAUAUGUUAAUUAGGUUCUUCUUAUUGGAAAAAUAAAUAAAGAUUAAUUGGAUUUUAUUACUUUUUAUUCCAUUUUGUUGAUUAAUACAAAAAAUGGUUUAUAUAUAAGAUAGAAGCGAUCAUUCAUUCAUUUCCUUGCUGAUAACUAGGCUAAAAGAAGGUGUUUAUGUAAUUAUUUAUUUUUAUUAAAACACUAAUCACAUUUCAUAACUAAUAACCAACUUUCUUCUUUGUCAUUAACUACCAAACACUGUUUUGAUAACAAUUUACUUCUAAUAAUCCAAAGUUGUCAGGGAUCUUUGUCUAUCUCCUCAAAGUUUAUUCUUAUUUAAUAAAAAGGUAAUUUCGAGUAAGAAAUCACCAAGUGGUCGAACUUGAAAAGAAGUGCUCGAAAACGUAAUAUUAUUCGGGCUAAAUAUCAAUCAUAAAUUACGACCAUAGUAAUUUAAAUAAUACCAUAAUCAAACAAAACUUGCAAUUGUAAGACUACUGUAUUCAUUUUUUUUUCUCGCUUAAUCGCAAAAGUUCGUGGGAAAAUCUUGCCCACUUUGACUUCUUAUUAGUUUGUACUCUCUUACCGAAAAGAGUGUUAUUUUUUUUUUUUU